UAUCUAAACCACCAAUUCAUUGUGAAUAUAUAAUACUGUGGUCAGUUGACGCCUUGUGCCCGUUUUCUAACAAUAUUUGCAUCGUUUAAGCUUGGUUUGAGAACAAAAGUUAGUGUUAGACUUUCAGUAGUCUCUAAUGCUGUAGAGUCAUAAACUUUGAACCCGACGUAAGUGUGUAAGUUCGGUUUAUCGAGUUUAACGAAAGGAGUUUGACAGAGGCCUGACUUUUCUAUAUCUCUUACACGUUACUGCAUUUAACUGAAUUUAGGAGUUUACAGACUUUCGAAACCAUGUUUCGGAUUGUGAACCUUGUCUGUCUUGUUCUUGGAGGGUUGAUAUUCCUUUCGCAUCAGGUUUCUUGUGUGCCAGAUAUAGGAGUGAUGAGCUCAUCGAUCUCUCUUGGUGAAGUAGAGCCACACAUUUGUCCAUUUCGCGGAACCCCUUAUCUUCCAGGAGAAACAAUACGUAUUGAUGAAUGCACCUUAUGCAUCUGCGACUUGACCGUUCCCCAUAUAAGUUGUCAGGUAACAACUUGUCAGCCAGUCGAUUGCGCCAGGCCGGUCAAACACCCGGGAGAAUGCUGUCACAGGUGUCCCCAUAAUGUACUAGUCCAGAAAGUGUCCCCUUUGGUGGUCUCGCAGGACCACAUUGAAGACCUGGUCCAGCUUCGGGUUCCGAUUGAAUUUCAAGAGACCCCAACAGUAACAAAGGUCGAGGGGGAGAGCCUUUGGAAACUCAGCGGAUGGGUCGCCCUUCAUCAUGCCAAUAGCAGUAAAGGGUAUGACUACCAAGAUCAACUCCUGAGCGUAGAGGACAUGUCAAAGACCUACGAGACAGGAAAGGACUUCAUCUUCGAGAGCGUCGGAUUCCCUCUCCUCCACCCGACGGUCGUCUGUCAUAAACGACCCUUCUUCAUCUGCGUACGACUUGAGAAGCAACCCACCCCCCAGUUGAAGAACGGCGGCGACUUCGAUCUCUCUGGUUUCCCGGAUGAUGCUAGUCUCACAGGGUGCACUGCUACGACACUCCUUAAGAAAUGGUGUACCCGCGCUCUCAAGUCGGCGAAACACGAUACUAGAAAUGAAUCACCUAGACUGGAUGGACGCCUGGCCCUAAUUAUGACUGUCAUCCUACGGGUUUUGUUAUCAUUAUACUGAGUGGCGUAGCCGUCUUGGAUCCAGGCAUAAGGGGGGUGGGAGGCACGGCCGGGCCUUACUCCAAAGAUGAGAUGCAAGUCAGCAAGGUUUUUUUUUU